AUGGAGCUGGGAAACGGCACUGCUGUAAAAGAAUUUAUUUUCCUUGGCCUAACCCAGGACCAGGAACUGAGCUUGGUCUUAUUUCUUUUCCUGCUCUUGGUGUACAUGACAACUCUGCUGGGAAACCUCCUCAUCAUGAUCACCGUGACCUGUGAGUCUCGCCUGCACACCCCCAUGUACUUUUUGCUCCGUAAUUUAUCUAUUGCCGACAUCUGCUUUUCCUCCAUCACAGCUCCCAAAGUUCUGGCAGAUCUUUUGUCACCAAGGAAGACCAUCUCCUACAACGGCUGCUUCACCCAGAUGUUCUUCUUCCACCUUAUCGGAGGGGUGGAUGUAUUUUCUUUGUCAGUGAUGGCAUUAGAUCGGUACGUGGCCAUCUCCAAGCCCCUACACUACGUGACCAUCAUGAGCAGAGGCCGUUGCAUCGGGUUAAUAGUGACCUCCUGGGUGGGGGGCUUUGCCCACUCCAUCGUGCAGAUUUCGCUCUUGCUGCCACUCCCCUUCUGCGGACCCAAUGUCCUUGACACUUUCUACUGCGAUGUCCCCCAGGUCCUCAAACUCGCCUGCACCAACACCUUUGUUCUUGAGCUGCUGAUGAUUUCCAACAAUGGACUGCUCACCACGCUGUGGUUCGUCUUCCUCUUGUCCUACCUGGUCAUAUUAUUAUUACUAAGGUCUCACCAGGGGGAGGCCAGGAGGAAAGCCAUCUCCACCUGCACCUCCCACAUCGCCGUGGUGACCCUGCACUUCGUGCCCUGCAUCUACGUCUACGCCCGGCCCUUCACCGCCCUCCCCACGGAUAAGGCCAUCUCUGUCACCUUCACUGUCAUCUCCCCGCUGCUGAACCCCUUGAUCUACACCCUGAGGAACCACGAGAUGAUGUCGGCCAUGAGGAAACUGAAGGGAAGACUGGCGCCUUCUGUCAUGGGAUAG